AUGGCAGUUUGGCUCUUCUUCCUCCUUGUGACCUUGGCGUUACCUCAUGUUGGGAAUGGAAGCACCAACUGCGAUGCAGUCUUGAUUGCAUCGCUAGUCCAGGAACAAUGCGAUGGCGAGCCAGUGACAGGCUCAUGCUGUGAGGUGCUCAGGACAAUCAUUACACCCUCGAGGGGCAAACUGCCAUGUCUCAAAAUGGUUCUUGACCAGCCUGAGGUUAAGUAUUCGGGAUUCACCAGAGGGCUCCUGCUGGACAUGGCCAAGUCAUGCACUGCAUCAAGGGCCCCUCCCCCAGCUGACGUAACAGCAGGUUCUGUUGGCCCCAAGGACAGGGUUGUGGAUGUGCAUGAUCCAGCAGAUUCUCCCCGCCCCAAAGACAGGGACGUGGACAUGGACGCACACAGGAGCUAAGCAUGAGGAAAGCCAAGGGGGUGCCGAUGUGCCUAGGGACAAGGGUUAUGUAACAAGAAUACUAGGCCCAUAAGGGUUUCUUUUUUCGGAAUUUUUAAGUUUCUUUUUCACAGUUUCAUGAUAACGGCACGUGUAAUUGGUAUUUUUAUUGGUGUACUCGCUCCUUUCUAUUCUUGCGCCACGUCGAUUGGUCUUAGGCGGUUGCUUCUAGAUUUGUCUUUCUCUGAAAGGAUCACGUCAAAUCCUGCGCAACCGGUCACCGCUUCGCCGCUGUACGCCACUAUAAAAUCUCCCCUCCUGUGUGCGCCACUAUAAAAUCUCCCCUCCUGUGUGCAUACCAUAUCUGCACACUAUGUGUUUAUCUAUUUAGUUGGUCCUCACUAUUACUGAAAAUAGAUAGGUUGUCCACGAUGGAUGUCGAAUUUGGUGUUGAAAUUGUUAAUGAGAAUCUGGAGAGUGCCUAAUGUUA